UUGGGAUCCUUAAAAGUUAAAACAUUAUCCCUCUGGUAACCAUUUACCGGCGAACAGAAUCGGCGAUAUGGAGAAAGAGCCUCUACUUCCAUACCUAAGCCCAAGAAAGAGAAUACCGCAACCACAUCCACCCCUUUUCCCUCUCCCUGAAGACGAUGAAAUCUCUUUGCCUCUCCCUCUAACUCCUUCUGAACUUAAAGACCGCCUUAUUUUUGGCCCAUCGUCUGCCUCUCCAAGAGACCCUUCUCCUCUCCUUGAAGCCUUGACUCUUUCUCUCAAUUCACCAAGAUCCUCCACUCCUAAUCUAGAUUUUAGCUCAUUUCUUGAUUCUCCUCACUUACAACAUCACCAUCAGCAGCAGCAACAGCAAUCUUGGCUUGUUGAUCCUGAUUGUCAAUGGACAAAAACCAAUCUUCACAGGUCCAAAACUGCACCUGCUAUGGCUGUCAUCAAUGAUCUUAACCACCCUGCCAUUACCAAGCCUAAGUUUGGUUCUCAAUCAAUAGUACGCCAAGCAUUUGUUCUCUUGGUACUGUAUUUGUCUCUUGGUGUGCUUAUAUAUUCUCUUAAUCGUGAUAAGUUCAAAGGAAAUGCAACGAACCCAGUUGUCGAUGCUUUGUAUUUUUGUAUUGUGACAAUGUGUACUAUUGGUUAUGGGGACAUUACCCCAGAUAGUACUGCUACCAAGUUGUUCUCCAUUUUGUUUGUGCUGAUUGGUUUUGGUUUCGUUGAUAUUUUGCUUUCUGGGAUGGUUAGUUAUGUGCUUGACUUGCAAGAGAGUCAUUUGUUGAGGAAUGUUAAGAGGGGGGUUGAAAAGGAAUCUGCUGGUUCAUAUAUAAUUGAUGUGAAGAAAGGGAGGAUGAGGAUAAGAAUGAAGGUGGGACUGGCAUUAGGUGUCGUGGUUCUUUGUAUUGGAGUUGGUGUUGCUUUUAUGCAUUUUGUCGAAAGGUUAGGAUGGUUGGAUUCACUUUAUCUAUCCGUUAUGUCGGUUACAACUGUUGGAUAUGGUGAUAGGGCAUUCACUUCAUUGGCUGGUCGUAUUUUCGCUUCCAUUUGGUUGCUUGUGUCGACACUUGCUGUUGCUCGAGCAUUUUUGUAUUUGGCUGAGGCAAGAGUGGAUAAGCGGCAUAGGAUGUUGGCAAAGUGGGUGCUUGGUCAACACAUGACUGUCUCUGAGUUUCUUGCUGCAGACAUUGACAACAAUGGGUUUGUGAGUAAAUCAGAGUAUGCAAUAUACAAGCUCAAGGAGAUGGAAAAGGUAUCGGAGAAGGAUAUUCUACAGAUAUGCCAGCAAUUUGAUAGGCUAGACACCGGCAACUGUGGGAAGAUUACACUUGCUGAUCUCAUGGAAAGCCAGCCUUGAACAAGUCUUCUCAUGCGCUACCAAACACUAGAAAUCUCAGUGGAUUAUAGAUUGAAACCCUUGAAGGAAAUAUAGUUAAAUGAAUUGCAGUGCCUGAUAAGUUGGUCCUCUUUCCUAUUCGUCAUGGCUACCCCCAUCUCUGGAGUUCAAAGGGUCCUGAAUGGACAAAUUUCCACACGCUGUCAACUGAGUUUAGAAACCGGUUUGACUUUCAAGGUUGCUUGUUUCGGCAGCUUAGCUCCUAGCAGUCACGCUACUGGUUGUCUGGUCUAAUGACAGGGGGAUGACGAUGUGAUGAUUGGAGUAUAAAUCACUUAAUUUUGCUAGUGUAGGCCUAUCGGAUUAAUUGUUUUUGAGAUGCCAAAAAGAUGAAGCUCUGUGUAAUUCAAACAUGACUGGUUCAUGUUUAUUAUCGAAUGAAUGAAGGUGGGGCUGCUCCUUCCUCCCAUUUGGGAUAGGUUCUCUUA